CAUACUUGAAAUUCACGGUUUUAUUUCCUCAAUAUGAAGUUGGUUGACUCUUUACUUCCUAGAAUAUAAUAUGCUGUUCCUCUCACGAAGAAUCAGAAAAUCCAGAACCUAACAAGUCGUUAACUACAAGAACGAUACAUUUUUGAAUCGAGUAUAGCAUGGGAUGGCUACAGCGAUUGGAAGAAGACCCCCACGGACAUGAUCACACUUUCAGCCAAUACAAGAAAAAGAGAAUAUACAUGCCUGACUAUGUGUCUAGGGAGGAAUGGGGGGCUGGACCCCCCUGGGAUAAGGGGGACGAACUCCCCCUUCCUGCCAAGAACGUCAACGUAUACUACACUGAAACUUUGCCUUGCAACAGCCUUACAGAAUGUAUCCAGUCGAUGCAGACUUUGCAGAAAAACCACAUAGAAAUGGGCCUCCUAGACAUCUCUUGGAAUUUCGUGAUUGGAGGGGACGGUCGCAAGUAUGAAGGCAGAGGGUGGUUAUUAAGACCUGAAGCCCCUUGGCAAGUCAAGCCGAAGAAAAGGAAAUGCAUUUCCAUUGGAGUUGUUGGAAGCCUGGAAACAUACGCCAACGGCAUCACAUCCUAUAUCCAGGAUGCCCUCGCUGACCUAAUACACUUUGGGAUAUGCAACAAGUACAUCUACUGUUGCUACGACUCCAAGAUAGAGCUCUUCUACAAGACAAAAAGUCCACAGAUAUACAGGUGACGACGUGGGCGUCCUGCGUGUAUAAUUUGUGUAUAGUUCGUUAAGAGUGUAUAAUUUUAAGAGUUGCAUCAACUCUUUCUUACU